CAAGUCGUCACUCUUGAUAAUCAUUGAUGGAGAGGCAGUCGAUGGCCCUUGUUGGUGACAAGGAAGAGAUAAUUCGUAAGUCGGCCGAAUAUCACCCUAGUGUUUGGGGAGAUUAUUUCAUCCGAAACUCCUCUUCGGCCCUCGAAAAGGAGCCCACUCAUAGAAUAUUGAUGAAGAGGGUGGAAGAGCUGAAGGAGCGAGUGAGAAACCUUUUCAAGGAAACAAGCGACGACGUAUUGCAAAUUAUGAAUUUGGUUGAUUCAAUUCAGCUUCUUGGAUUGGAUUAUCAUUUUGAGAAGGAAAUAGUUACGGCGCUAAGAUUGGUUUAUGGGGCUGAUGCUGAAAAUUACGGGCUUUAUGAAUUUUCUCUUCGAUUUAGAUUGCUUAGACAACAUGGAUAUUAUUUGUCCGCAGAUGUUUUUAACAAGUUCAAAGAUGAGAAGGGCAGAUUUUUGUCGACCUUGAAUGGAGAUGCAAAGGGACUACUAAGCUUAUACAAUGCGGCUUAUCUUGGAACACAUGAAGAGACGAUACUCGACGAAGCUAUUUCUUUUACAAAGUGUCAGCUUGAAUCUUUGUUGGGUGAACUUGAGCAACCUUUAGCAACAGAGGUGUCUUUUUUCCUUGAAACACCACUGUGUAGAAGAACUAAAAGGCUCAUGGUGAGAAAAUAUAUACCUAUUUAUCAAGAGAAUGUGAUGCGAAAUGAUACUAUAUUAGAACUUGCAAAGUUAGAUUUCAAUCUACUACAAUCUCUUCAUCAAGAGGAAGUGAAGAAAAUUUCAAUGUGGUGGAAUGAUUUAGCACUAACUAAAUCUUUAAAGUUUGCUCGUGACCGAGUAGUGGAAUGUUAUUAUUGGAUAGUUGCGGUGUAUUUUGAACCUCAAUAUUCUCGAGCACGAGUAAUUACAUCCAAGGCCAUUUCCCUUAUGUCGAUUAUGGAUGACAUCUAUGAUAACUACAGCACAUUAGAAGAAAGUCAACUAUUAACUGAGGCAAUUGAAAGGUGGGAACCCCAAGCAGUUGAUUGUGUACCAGAAUACUUAAAAGACUUUUAUCUCAAGCUACUAAAGACUUACAAAGAUUUUGAAGAUGAACUAGAACCCAAUGAGAAGUAUCGCAUACCAUAUCUUCAAGAGGAAAUAAAAGUUCUAUCAAGAUCUUAUUUCCAAGAAGCUAAAUGGGGUGUGGAAAGAUAUGUACCAUCACUCGAGGAGCAUCUUCUCGUUUCAUUGAUAUCAGCCGGGUAUUAUGCGGUUGCAUGUGCCGCUUACGUAGGUUUGGGAGAAGAUGCAACAAAAGAGACAUUUGAAUGGGUUGCUAGUUCCCCUAAGAUCCUUAAAUCCUGCAGUAUACUUUGUAGGCUUAUGGACGAUAUAACUUCACACGAGCGGGAACAAGAAAGAGACCAUGUCGCUUCAACAGUUGAGAGUUACAUGAAAGAACAUGGUACAAGUGCAAAAGUGGCUUGCGAGAAGUUGCAAGUGAUGGUGGAGCAAAAAUGGAAGGAUUUGAACGAGGAAUGCCUCCGUCCAACACAAGUAGCUCGGCCUUUAAUUGAAAUAAUAUUGAACCUCUCAAGAGCCAUGGAAGACAUAUACAAGUACAAGGAUACCUAUACUAAUUCCAACACUAGGAUGAAAGAUAAUGUCUCUCUUAUAUUGGUUGAAUCCUUUCCUAUUUGAGGGCAUUGACCACUCUUCUAUAAAUAAAUCUUAGUAAGAAGAGCAUUGACCACUCUUCUAUAAAUAUGUUAUUUGAGAAAAAAAAAACUAAUAAUGUGAAACAGUUGAAUCUACACUGUUACAAUAUUUUAUAGAUGUUAU